AUGGGAAACGAUAUUCAUAGAUCAGAAUUCGCAAACAAAUUUAACAUAUUAGGAAAAGAACAUCUGUUCCAUGUCGUACCCGAUUCUUUCCCUACCCCAGAAGAUGGAAUAAUUGGCCAAAAUUUCAUCUCUAAAUAUAGACAUGCAUUAACCAAUACCCAUUUGAUUUUAGGUAACAAAGGAAUACCGCUUCGUACUAACGUGACCCUCACACCAGAAAUCGAAAAUCCAAGUUUAACUGAUACAAUCAAAGCGUUAGGAACAAAAAUCAGAUUAUAUCAUGUAGAAUCACGAUUACGGAUACCAUUAGAAAAAUAA